AUGGAGGCGUGGGAGAUCGCCCAUACACGAAAGAAGCCCAAGCCUGGCGAGGCCAAGUACUACGGCAAGACCGCGGAGUAUAAGAAGGCCUACUCUGAGGGGUAUCUGAGUUUACAUCCUGCCACACCUGACCCCAUUGCGGCGGAUCUGGACGAGAGGGUGGUGGUGAGCAUGGGGAAGAAGCACGGUCGGUCGCCGUUUCUGGAUGCUGUGAUCACUCCUUCUAUCUCCUACACACAGCUCCGAGCUACCAACCCGAGCCUGUGCCAGCGCACGAGCACGUCCAUGACUAGUGCGCAGUCACAGUCCCUCAUUGCUGAGCGGAACUAUGCCUACUUGGAGUACACACGUCAGGAGACCAUGACGUGGCACGAGAGCCUUCAUGCAUACCAUCAGCAGAGGGAUCGCACGUUGCAACACUUCCUUGAGGAAAUGGCGGCCAGCAGGGUUCCUCAAUUGCAACCAGCACCAUCUCCUCCACCACAACCAGUGCUUCUUACUUUUGAGGAGUUUCUGACACAGAACCCUGGCCCCUCGCCGGGAACUGGUGGAUCUAUCGUUGGUGGUGGUGCUGGUCUUGGCAUCACUCCCGAGUCACGGAGCCCGGACGGCAACGUGCUCUACACCAACGUCUUCGAUGCCAACUACGACACCCUCGUCGCCGCGCUCGACAAGCACGGCCUCAGGAACAUCACCGUCGUCGUCGGCGAGAUCGGCUGGCCCACCGACGGCAACGCCAACGCCAACGCCGCCGGCGCGCAGAAGUUCAACCAGGGCCUCUUCGACCGCAUCGUCGCCGGCAAGGGCACCCCGCGCCGGCCCCAGAUGCCCGACGUCUACGUCUUCGCGCUGCUGGACGAGGACGCCAAGAGCGUCGACCCCGGCAACUUCGAGCGCCACUGGGGCGUCUUCAACUACGACGGCUCGCCCAAGUACGCGCUCCGCCUCGCCGGCGGCAAGGGCAUCGUGCCGGCCAAGGGCGUCAGGUACCUGUCCAAGCAGUGGUGUGUGCUCCGCCCCGACGCCAGCCCCACCGACCCGGCCAUCGUGGGCGCCGUGGGGUAUGCGUGCCAGUAUGCCGACUGCACCAGCCUCAGCCCUGGCUCCUCCUGCGGCGGCCUCGACGUCAGGGGCAACGUCUCCUACGCCUUCAACCAGUUCUUCCAGUCAGCCAGCCAGCAGAAGGGAUCCUGCGGCUUCAACAACCUCUCCGUGGUCACCACCACCGACCCGUCGCGGGGCACCUGCCGCUUCAAGAUCAUGAUCGACACUGGCCGGCACGACCUCACCCACCAGGACGACUCCGGCGCCGCCAGGGCCGCCGCCACGUGGGGCGCCGUCGUCGCCAUGCUCGCAUUGCUCGCCAUCGUGGCACUCUGACCAUCCCUCCCUCUGACAUCGCCAUUGAUGAGGACACGCGCGCGUGCUCACCACCUGACCUCAGGGGCUUGCUAGCCUAGCCUUGAGAGGAAGAAAGGACCAAACAAUUCUUUCAUUAGUUGUUUCUUUUCUUUUCUUUUCUUUUCUUUUCUUUAUACGUACAUCGGCUGUCAAGGUCCCUGAUCAUAUCGGCAAGGAUUAUAUUAGAACUGUA